AUACAUAUGUAACCUUGUGAAGCCGAAUGAUUCAAAGCAAAAAAAAAAAAAAAAAAAUUAUCUUUACCUUUUAUCACUCUCCUCUCUUUGUGUUCACAUAGAGAAAAAGAAUUUUAUCACAAUGGAGCCUGUUCAUCUUCCAAACUUCAUGAAAGACAACCAAGUUAGUCAAGAAACAAAGAACUUGAUCUCUUCCUUACCUUCAGACAAAGAUUUCACUGGUAAUGGUCUCUACAACUACAAAGGUUGUUGGUACUAUCCAAACAUACUCCAAGCCGUUCUUGACAUCCAAAAACAUUUCAAGCCACGAGAUACUGAUAUAAUCAUGGCUUCUAUGCCCAAAGGUGGAACCACUUGGCUCAAAUCCCUAGUUUUCGCUGUUGUGCAUCAAGAUGAAUACCGUGAAAACCCCCAAAUCCAUCCUUUGCUUUCACAAAACCCUCAUGACCUUGUCCCAUUUCUUGAGAUUGAGUUAUAUGCUAAUAGCCAAGCUCCAGAUCUCACAAAGUUUCCUUCUCCUAUGAUCUUUUCUACCCAUAUGCACUUACAAGCAUUGCGUGAGGCCACCAAAAAGGCUUCCUCGCCUUGCAAAAUCGUGUAUGUGUGUAGAGGUAUCAAAGACACGUUUAUUUCCGGUUGGCAUUUUAGAAGCAUGUUACAUCGCACCAAGAUGGAUAAAGCCGAUUUCGAGCUCAUGUUUGAUGCAGUUUGCAGAGGAGUUGUCGCAUAUGGACAAAUAUUGAGCUAUUGGAAAGGGAGUCUGGAAGACAAGGAGAAUGUUCUUUUUAUGAGGUAUGAGGAGAUGGUUGAGGAGCCUCGCGUUCAAGUCAAGAGACUCGCCGAGUUCUUGAAUUGUCCAUUCACCAAGGAAGAAGAAGAAAGUGGAUUGGUGGACGAGAUCCUAAAGCUGUGUAGUUUCCGAAAUUUAAGCAAUUUGGAAGUUAAUAAAACUGGGGCGAUAAGAGUUGGUGUAGAUUCUCACGCAUUUUUUAGGAAAGGUGAAGUUGGUGACUGGAAGAAUCAUCUUACUCCUCAUAUGGCCAAAACCUUUGAUGAGAUUUUUGAAAACAAACUGCGAGGUUCCGGUUUGAAAUUUCAAUAAGGUUGUGUUAUGUUCUUCUUAGCUUAGAAUAUUUCAUGUGUCUUUUUUCUAUGAACUUUGUUGAUUUGGUUUCGUUCAAAUAAUAUUUGGUACUCUAUGUUUUACUUUUUUUUUUUGUGAAUUUUCCAUAUGUUUUACUUUCAAGAACAAUAGAACGAAAUAUAUAAUUUUAUUA